CCUGCGUAAAAGCCUCCAUAGCCUGGAGGAAUCAUCACACUGACGCUGUAUGUACAUACAAAUCGAUAUGUAUCGUCCGGUUGUGCCUCGGGAUCGUCGCUGUACCCCGCAAUUACGGUUACUCUAGCUUGCCGUACCUAACGUGUCAGACCCCUCAUACUUACAAAGCGCCUGUAGGAAACCCCAUCUCGUGCAAUGGUGAGCGGGUGUAUUUAAAGGUGUUCUACCGUCUACCGAUAUGUGAUUUCACGCAGACCCAAGCAACUACUCUACUUAGCUUUACCUAAACUCGGCAGCCGUUAACCGUCAACGAAAUGUCUCCCCCAGCACCAAUAACUGCAGACCCGGAGCAGGAGGAGCUCAUUAUGAAGACCAAUACCGACGACUUCAGUUCGCCCAUGCCCCGCCCUCCUAAGUUCACCGACAAGUUCGAGGAGCGAAAGUACCUUAAGGAGCGCCUGGCCGCCGCAUUCCGAAUCUUCGCAAAGCAUGGCUUCGAUGAAGGAGUUGCUGGUCACAUUACCAUCCGCGAUCCUGUCGACCCGCACACCUUCUGGGUGAAUCCGUUCGGCACGCACUUCUCGCUGAUAACCUCGUCGGACCUCCUGCAUGUCGACCACGCCGGGCGGAUCCUCGGCGACUCGGGCCCGCUGCGCAACCUCAACGCCGCCGCAUUCGCAAUCCACUCGGCGAUCCAUGCGGCCCGCCCCGACGUCGUCUGCGCUGCCCACGCACACAGCUUGUACGGCCGCGCGUUCUGCACCCUCCACAAGGAACUCGACAUGAUCUCGCAGGACUCGUGCGUGUUCUAUAACGACCACAUAGUGUUCAAGGAGUUUAAUGGCGUCGUGUUGGAGGAGGAGGAGGGCAUCAAGAUUGCCCAGGCACUGGAAGGGAGGAAGGCGGCCCUCCUAGGGAACCAUGGCAUCCUUGCGACGGGAGGUAGUGUGGAGGCGUGCGUGUUCUGGUUCAUGAGCAUGGAGAAGUGCUGUAAGGUCCAGUUGCUGGCGGAUGCGGCGGGGCAGACGGUCAAGAUUGGGGAGGACGAGGCGAAAGCCACGCAUAAACUCAUUGGGGGCGAGUGGGCCGGCUGGUUCAGUGGAAGACCGUUGUUCGAUGUAAUCGAGAACGAGACCUCGGGGCAGUACAAGCUGUGAGGGAUGAGGGGUGAAGGCUAGACUAGAUUAGUUGUGUGAGGGCAACCGUAGUUAUGAGACAUGGAUUGUAGUACACACCUCUGAUUUCAGUGAGUUAUUAUUUGCGUGGGAGCAACCGUGGUUACGAGA